UGCUGACAACAUACUGAGGGAUCCAUCCAAUGAGAAAUUUCGUAAUGUUAAUCUGAGUAGUGGUGUGGUGGAGCAGAAGUUGAUCCCUGCAAUAGGUGCCUUAGAAGUUCUCUUCCUUAUGGGGUUUCAGGAGGGAGAAGAUAGACUGGUUCUUCCAAUAGAUGAUCCACUUGACAAUUUACGUCAGUACCGACAACAGCUGAUGCUGUUGAAAAAAAUGCAAUUGAAGAAAUCUCGAACAGCUGUCAAGGGAGGUCUUUCAAAUACUGUGACGCCUCUCUUCGAGGAAAGCGAAUCAGAGUUUAGAGCCACUCUUACUCGAGAAUUUGAAAGAGUGCUCAUAUAUGAGAGUCCAUCAUUGCAAGAGAAGGCCGCGGCAAGUUUUGCCAGUGCAACAUCUACAUGAACGUGCAAGGAGCAAAUUAUCCAGUAUGCAAAAGGAUGUUGUUGGGAACAAUGAGAAACCAUUGGAUUUUCAGGACUUUGUGCUAGUGGAGUUACUGGCUUGGUUCAAAAAUGAUUUCUUCAGGUGGUUUGAUGCCCCAACAUGUCCACAGUGCCAGUGCAAAAUGAAGCUUGUUGAUAAAUUGCCACAGAAGAUGAUCUUUUGUGGGCUGUGGGUCGUGUAGAGUUAUUCAUGCCAGAGCUGUGGAACUUCAGACCGCUUUCCACGAUACAAUCACCCUGGUAAACUAUUGGAGACAAGGAAGGGUCGUUGUGGAGAAUGGGCCAACUGCUUUACUCUCUUUUGUCGCACUCUUGGAAUGGAUGCAAGAUACAUACAUGAUUAUACCGAUCAUGUUUGGACUGAAGUUUUCUCUCAGUCACAAGGACGAUGGUUGCAUACUGAUUGCUGUGAGAAUAAGAUAGACUCUCCAUUAAUGUAUGAGAGUGGCUGGGGCAAGAAGCUAACAUAUGUUAUUGUUUCCAAAGAUGAAGUUGUAGAUGUUACUUGGCGAUAUACCACUAAACAAAAGGAGGUUCUCAAAAGAAGGAAAAAAUGUAGAGAGACUUGGCUGGUAUCAAUAAUAAUGGAUAUUAACCGACAGCGGCAAGCAGCUUUCCCGUGGGCAAAAAGACACUUUUUGGAAGAUCGACUUGUGUCAGAAAUUGCCCAGUUCUUCACCCCUCAUCGUGCUUUGAAAUCUGGUGAAAAUGAGGGACGUUCUUCUGGGUCAUUGUCAUGGCGUUUAACCAGGGGAGAGACACAGUCUGAGGGCAUGUCAAGCUACAUUCCAGUCAUGAUGAAGUACUCACCUGCUAGAGAUGAGUAUUUUAGGGUUACAACAGGAGAAGUACUCAAGGGUUGGCAAGCCGGCAUCAAAUCAAGCAAAAGUAUCAUGAGAAAGCAUGAAGCUGACUGGAAGAUGGUAUUCAUAGCUAGAAAAGAAGGAAGCAGUACUGGUGAAAUAAGUUGGGUAGUGGACUGGACCCACACACAACUGAAGGCUGAAUCAGUGCUGAUUGUGUUUCAGCAUUUGAGAAUGGUGCUGUUUCGUGGCAGCUAUGUACUGGAGCAAAGUGCUUCAUGGGUAACAAAGAUGGUGUGUUGGAGCUCUCCCAGGGGGACUUACAGCAUGAAACAACAAAGCUGGAAUUAUCAGCAAGACUUUUAGAUGGCCAAGGAGAAAAUGCCUGGCAACAUGCUCAACUCUUUCGUCAAACAGACAGUUCUAUUGACCAGUUCCCCUUUCUUAUACACAUCAAAUAUAAGUAGAUUUUUUUAGAAAUAUAUUUUCUUCAGCUGGACAAAGAGCAAAAACUAUUGUGAGAUUUUACCAAGUAAAACCAGAAUGAUAUAAUAAGAGAUGGAGACUGAACCUGUGGUAUCUCUACCUUACAUCCGUUACUGUAGUGAGACAAGUACUGUAGUAUAAUACUGUACAAUCGGUGAAAGAAGUGAUGUCAUGCUUUUCAAUAUGAUUCUUUCAAACAGCAGUAUCUGGCAACUUUGCAGAAGCCGGGUGAGUGACUGCAUGACUGACCAUUGUGACCAAGUGACUUGUGGGAUGAACUCCGUUGUAGUAAGAUGGUAUAUUUGCAAACUCCAGAGCCAAAUUUCUUGCUACCUCAAUAUUUUCUGGUAUUCCCUCAUAUUUUUGCAGGUAAAAGACUUCAAGACUGGUAGCAAAAGUAAGAGCUGUAUCCCAGUCUCAUGCUUGAAAGAAGACGAUGCGUGCAGGUAUAAUAAAGGACAGCCAGUCCAAUAAGACACAACACAAGCCAAUAACACUUCUUGGUGUAGAAUAUUCUGCAGAUGGCUUGUUUCCUUGUUUAGAAGUUGUUUUAUUUUUUGAAGAAUAUAAAAGUGGUUUUUACUCUAAAAUAAUUAUUAGUUGAAUAAGGUUUCAUUGAAGUUAGCAAUUUAACCAAAUUUUGCUUUUUUUUAUCAGUGCCGAGUGACUGUUGAACAGGAAUCUUUAAUGUUUUAUAUUUUAUUCUUGGUUGCUAAAUAAUAAUUAAUUUUCUUAUAAUUACUUGGGGAAAAGUAUCAAGGCAUAUUUAUUUAAAUGUAUAGUUCAUCUAAAGUUUAGAAUUUUGUUUUGUGAAUGUUUCCUGCCUUAAGUCAUAGUCCAUCAUGGUGGUGAACAUGGAAAAGAUUUGUUUCUAUAUUCAUUAAAUACAUGGCAUAAAUGUAGUGAGUAUG